ACAACGUGAACACGAAAUCGUUUACAUUGCAGAUUUCCUGCAUUCUCAGAUUAGCAAUACAAAUACUGCAACUAUUUAUCGUGCACAAUGGUGGAGUAUGAAGUAUUUCACCAACAAACAGUGUCUAUAAUGACUCUGCUGACGGAAACAGCUGGAGAAGAAAUUCAGAAAGUUUUCGACUGUGAAUGUCCCGCCACAACUAAAACAACGUUUGAAAUGAAUGAAAGACUGCUCAAACGGGCGAAGCUCACAUCAGUGAUGGAAACCUUCACAAAGGUGGCUGUUCAGAAAAUAUGCAGACUUUACAGAUAUUGCUGUGCAACGAAGCAAACACAUUUGAAGGCCUUGCACAUUUCUGCAGAAAGCAAAAACAUGCAGACUGUCGGCGAUGUGCCUGAUUUUGUAGAAGUAGAUGUGACUCUAUCAAUGAGUCCAGAGAGAUCGAAUCUGUCACGUGAAGAAACUGUACAACAAGACCCUGUUAAUGGGUGGCAGGAGUCGAGUGAUGGCAGAGAGAAACCAACGGCAACCGUUUUGACACAGGCUGAAGGGCGGAACUUUGGAGACCAGGAACCUGAAGUAAACAAACAGGCAGAUCAGACCACUGCACAAUCCAAGAAAAGAAAGAAUAACAUAUCAUUUGACUGUAAUGAGUGUGGAAAGAAAUACCUCUGGAAACAUACAUUAAAGCAGCACAGGUGUAGACAAGGCACCCUUCACGAAUGUGAUGAGUGUGGGAAGAAGUUCGCAUUUCUUAAAGGACUCAAGAAACACCAAUUGAACCACACUGAGAUCAAUUCAAAGAGAGGAAGCUGCAAAACUUGUGGAAAGACAUUCGUGGAUCUUAAGACACACGAACUUGUUCACCUGGAAGUAAAGCCAUAUGUUUGUGGCAUAUGUGGACGCGGCUUCACAAUAAAGAGGGGUUUACGAGCACACCAGAGAAUCCACACAGGUGAAAAACCAUACAGCUGUAACACAUGUGGGAAAAAGUUUUCAUCCUCUGGUAACCUGGCUGCCCAUCAAAUAAUUCAUGCAAAUGAGGAACCAUGGAAAUGCAGCAUCUGUGACAAGACUUUCAAGACUGAGAGGAAAUUGAAAUCACACCAACGCGUUCAUACAGGAGAAAAACCCCAUACGUGUCAUAUAUGUGGCAAAAGGUUUAGCCACGUCACAAAUAUCAAAAGGCACAUGCUUAUUCACAGUGGUGUGAAACGUCAUGCAUGUGAUGUUUGCGGCAAGCAAUUUUAUCAGACAAAAUGUUUGAAGAGGCACAUGACGGUACAUGGAGCUGUGAAGUCAUUCAUGUGUGAAAUAUGUGGGAAAAGUUUUGUUUUUAAUUAUGCUUUAAAGAACCACCAGCUCACACACAGUGAAAAUGGGAACACUUUUCGAUGUGAGGUAUGUGGGAAGAGCUACAGUUGUGCUUCAUCACUCAAAAUUCAUCAGAAGCUUCACACAGACAAGGAUCCAAACAUGUGUAAAGUGUGUGGUAAAAGCUAUAGCAGUACAUAUUCACUGAAAGAACAUGAGAAACUUCAUUCAGGCGUGGCGCCGUACAAGUGUGAAGUGUGUGGUAAGGCUUAUGCUCAAAGAUCUGGUUUGACAAUGCAUAAAGUUGUUCAUAAUGCAACAUACAAAUGUUCUGUCUGUGGAAAGAUGUUAGGUUUGCCAAAUCGUCUCAGAGUGCAUAUGCUCAUUCACUCUGGUAAAAAACCGCACAAGUGCGAAACUUGUGGAAUGUCCUUUCGUUUAGCGGGAAACUUAAGGCGACACAGGCGUGUUCACACUGGAGAAAAGCCAUACAGCUGUGAGGUCUGCGGGAAAAAAUUCGGACAACCCAACAAUGUGAAAGCUCAUAUGCAAAUCCAUACUGGAGUGAAACCUUACACAUGCCAGAAAUGCGGGAAGAGUUAUGCAUAUGUUAGGAAUUAUAAUGACCACAAAUGCGUACCUGUAUGAAGAAAAAAGACAUUGUAGGAACUUGUAACUGAGUUUCAGCACCAUUUGUAUAUUGUUUCAUUUGUAAUAUAUUUCAGACAAAUGUUUGGUAAAACUACCUGUUAGAGAAACAUAACUUUGCAGUGCUAUUAAGAAAGUCAAAACAACUACUGUCUGUAAAUUGAAGGCAUGCAUAAGAGGAAUUUUUGUGUUUUUACUAAUUGAGGCCUUCACUGUCUGUACAAGUUGAUAAGAUGUACAGAGUAUAGACCUCGUUAAGGAUAGUUUUAUAACAUUAAAUCUUUAUGAUACUUAAAAGAAGCAGCUAAAAUUGUAGGGUAACACUUUACAAUAAGGUUGCAUUUGUUAACAUUAGUUAAUGCAUUAUGUAUCAUUAACAAUAAGCAAUAUUAUUCACAACAUUUAUUAAUCUUAAUGUUAAUUUAUAAAAAAUAAUGUUUACAUAUUGCAGCUAAUUUAUACAACUUUUUGUUUUUAAAAAAGUAUUAGUAUAGAAUGAAAUAAACAUUAACCAAGAUUAAGAAUUGUUGUAAAAGUAUUGUUCAUUGUUAAUUCAUGUUAUCUAAUGUUACCGA